AUCUCAAGCUUUCCUUGGGACAUAGUCCAUUUUUGUAAAAUUAGAUAUAUACACGUGUUUCACCCUCGUGAGAUAUUGAAUUGUUUUUUAAUACUUAACCUAUAAUCAGUACGUGAUAACAAAUAAUAACUUGAGUCUUGAGCUAACCUCUAAACGUUGAAAUUGUUUGUGAGCAUAUUUGUCAAGUCAAAUUUAGAUAUUUAAUAAAAAAAAAUGCCAAAAGUACGAAGAAGUAAAAAAUCACCACCAGAAGGAUGGGAACUCAUCGAACCAACUUUAGAAGAGUUAGAAUUAAAAAUGCGUGAAGCUGAAUCAGAAUCCCACGAAGGGAAAAGAAUACACGAGUCAUUGUGGUCGAUUUUCAAACUUCAUCAUCAAAAGUCACUGUAUAUCAAUGACCUCUAUUAUAGGAGAAAAGCAAUCAGCAAAGAAUUAUUCGACUAUUGUUUAAAUGAAAAAAUUGCUGAUAAAAACCUUAUAUCGAAAUGGAAAAAACCGGGCUAUGAAAAACUAUGCUGUCUAAGAUGCAUCCAAACAAGGGAUACCAAUCAUGGUACCAAUUGUAUUUGCCGAGUACCUAAAGGAAAAUUAGAAGAAGGGAGGAUAGUUGAAUGCAUACACUGUGGAUGUCGAGGUUGCUCAGGAUAAAUUAGACAAAAUGUUUUAUAUUUUUUUAUUAAAACUUAAUUAAGUAUGUAUAAUGAGGAAAAAAUUUUCUAUCAAUAUUUUUAAUUUAAAUUCAUCAGAUUUAAAAAAUGAUAUAUUUAUUAUGUAGCAAUGAUAGUUAAAUGUGAUUUGAUAUUAAGCAGUAUUUAUUUAACUAUGUCAACUUUGGUAGCAAAUAAUUUUAAAAAAAAAUUUAGUAUUGAAAGUAAAUGUUUUUUUUUUUUUUUUUGGACUUAUAAUAAUUGAAAAAUCCGAG